UUCUUUGUAGUUAAUUGGUCAGUGAGUGCAAACAUAGACAGACUAGUGUUGGUGUAGUGGUCUAGUCAUUCGGUCCAAACCGAAUGAUGAAGCAGUAGUUAUUGGACUUUUAGCGCUUCAGUGCAUUACAUGUGUGAUAUUAUAUAAGUAAUUCAGCAUUUCAGCAGUUCAGCACACGAUUUUUUAUAAAGAAUGGAUUGGCGACUGACGUUGCUGUACCUAGUGGUUGGUGCACUGGUAGCCGCCUGGUUGCUAUGGAGAUUCAAGAACAGGAGGAUGAUACAGAUGACCAACAAGCUGCCGGGCCCACCCCCACUACCACUGCUGGGGAACGCACUGGUGUUCAUGAACCGGCCUGAAAAAAUUCUGGACAAAAUAGGAGAACUCAUGGAGAAGCACGGUGACAUUAUCAAGUUCUGGCUGGGGCCUGAACUCAACAUUGUUGUGAAAAACCCAACAGAUAUCCGUGUGUUACUAUCAAGUAGCAAAGUGAAUCAGAAAGGACCAGUAUAUGAUUGCAUGAUCCCAUACAUCGGUGGUGGCAUUUUAUCAGGAGGCCCGACCUGGCGCUCUCACAGGAAGAUUGUGAUUCCUUCUUAUAACAAGAAGACCAUAGAGAAUUUCUUCCCCGUCUUCAACAAGGAGUGUGAAGAGCUGGGAAAGAUCAUCUCCCAAAAGGGUUCGGUGACCUUCGAUUGCUACGACGACGUCCUCAGAAGCACUACUCAGAGCGUCAACCAAACGCUGAUGGGGUUAUCUAAAGAAGAUUCCGAAAACGUAACCAGAUUGGAGGAAUUUAUAUUUAUCACCCAUGACAUGUACAAUCUAAUUUUCGACACAAUGACGAAAUGGUGGUUGCACGUGCCGCCAUUAUUCUGGCUGCUUGGCAAGAAGAAGCAGCAGAAUUUCUACAUGCAGAUCUGCGAUGAGUUGUCGGAAGACAUCGUGAGGCGGAGAAAGAAAGCCUUGGAGGUAUCCGUGCCUAGUGAGGAGUGCAUGGGCAUUGUGGACCGUUUGAUCCUCUCUGGGGAACUCACUCACAAGGAGAUUAAAGAAGAAACCUUGACUUUAUUUACUAGCAGUCAAGAGGUAGCCGGUAAAAUAGCAGCGGGAGUACUCUUGUUCCUAGCUCACUUGCCGGAGUGGCAGGAGAAAGUAUACAAGGAGAUAAUAGAAGUGGUCGGGCCUGAUGGUCCCAUCACCGGAGACCAGCUGAAGCAGCUGGAGAACUUGGACAUGGUGUACAAGGAGACACUGCGGUUCUUCCCCAUAGGAGGGAUGAUACAGAGGACUGUGAUGGAAGAUAUUUCUAUUAGAGAUGGAAGUAUCACCCUCCCAGCUGGCUCAUCCCUGGUGAUACCAAUCCACCACGUCCACCGCGACCCUCGCUACUGGGAGAACCCUAACAAAGUGAUGCCGGAGAGGUUCCUUCCGGAGAACGCGAAGAAACGAGACCCCAACGCCUUCGUACCCUUCAGUUUGGGACCUAUGGACUGUUUAGGUCGAACAUAUGGAACAGCCCUCAUAAAGACAGUGGUGGUAUGGGUGCUCCGAUACGCGAAGUUGGAGCCUGCCGGUUCCCUGGACGAUUUAAGGCUGAACAUCGCCAUCUCUGUCACCAGCUACGAUGGUUAUAACAUUAGAGCCAGACCUAGAAACGAAAGAAUAAAUGGGUAAUCAUGAAUAAGUGCUGAAUGAUUUUUGUAUGAUUGUGAGUGUAAGGAUGUGAAUGAUGUAGCUCUUAAAAUCUGCAUGCUGAAGUGAUAAUGGGCAGGCACUAUCGCUUGAAGAAGAUCUGACUGUCGAUGAGCGAGAAAUCAUUCUAGUAAUGAAUAUGAACUGGAAGACGUAACUAAAGCAAUCGGCUAAAUCAGUGGUUCCCAACUUAACAAGAUUGAUAUAAAAGUGGUUCUUCACCAAGAAACGGUUGAGGACUCGUGCAAUAAAUGGACAGUCGAUAUCAUUAGUGUAUUCAGUGUUAUAAGGACAUUUAAUAGUUCCUGAAUAUUCUACAGAAUGAACUGACAUAGUCCUUCCAUUUUAUUUUAUGUCUAGUCUUCAAAUGAGUUGGUUUCGGUGUUUCUUCUCGAAGUAUUCAGUUAGUCAAUAUCGCAUUAAUUGAGAUUUUAAAAUUAUUGGUGUAUAUAGAUGUAAAACGGGUAAAAGUGUAGUAUUUAUACGUAGCCUUUUAAUUUUAUAAUUUAGUAAAUAAAAACCAUUUUUAAUGUAA